CCAGGAUCUUCCAACAUUUUUGGGAAGCCCUGAAGAGGGACCUCUGGGUCCGGUACCAAUGGAUAAUCGGAGGGAUCCUUUUGCUCGGAAGGAGCACUCGUCCUUGUCCUUCGUCCUUGUCCGAUCUCGAAGAAAAUGCAUCGCCUCGUUCUUGAGAUAGUGGAGACCGAGCACCUCGAGUCAUUAAAGCCAGUUCCAGUGGGAUCCGUUUCCCGUGCAAGGGAAACGGGUCCUUCCUCGUCCUCGUCCGACCCUGGAGAAAUGGUAUCGCCUCGUCCCCCUUCAUCGAGGCAUUUCUUCGUUCCGGUGCACGAUCCGUCUCCCACCAUCGUGAUAUCCACCACCCGAAGAACUACCUCCUCCUCUAGCCGCAUCCACAAUAACGGGAUUGCUGUACAGUGAAUUCCAGCCCUGGGCGCGCCGUGUCGAGUGUCGCCAGGAACUCCCGGAAAGGCUGCUCCAAACUCCGCGAGAAAGUCUGCAGAAAUCUAAACAAGUGGUCCACUAGUUAUGCAAGUUGCCUGUAAAUCGGGGAGGAUCAAUUUCAAGGGGAACGGCAGAAAGUGAGAGGUCGAUAUGUGGCCCUUCAGCAGGAGCUGUCGCAGCAAGGCUCGCCUCGUGGGCAAAACCGUCGUUAUCACGGGAGCCAACACUGGCAUCGGCAAGGAAACCGCCCGGGACCUUUACAGGAGAGGAGCCAGGGUGAUAUUGGCAUGCCGAGACGUGGCUAAGGCGCACCAGGCGGUGGAGGAGCUGAAGGAAACCUCGGCUUCCACAUCGAAUCGCGAGCAGUUCAAAGGCGGUCCAGGUGAGCUGGUGGUCCGCAAACUCGACCUGUGCAGCCUGGCAGGGGUCAGGAAAUGCGCCAAGGCCCUCGUCGAAGAGGAACCUGCGAUCCACAUCUUGAUCAACAAUGCCGGCGUCAUGAUGGCUCCCUUCAGCAAGACCGAGGACAAUUUUGAGUCGCAUAUUCAGACGAACCACCUGGGCCCCUUCCUCUUCACCUUGCUGCUCCUCCCGAAGCUGAAGGCUUCUGGUCCCGGUUGUCGCGUCGUUAACGUGGCUUCGGAUUUCUACAUGGUGGGAAAUAUACAUUUUGAGGAUUUGAACAUGGAGAGGAAUUAUAAAGCCUCCAAGGCGUAUGCUCAGAGCAAGCUGGCGAAUAUUCUGUUCACCACGGAGUUGGCUCGUCGCCUGAAAGAGGCCAAGAUCGAGGGGAUCACCGCGUAUUCUCUGCACCCUGGGGUGGUUAGCACAGAACUUAGUCGACACGUCGACUCGACUUUGUUCCCGGGUGCUCGAAUGAUGUUCAAGAUGUUGACCCCGGUCAUCAAGUCGCCUCAACUUGGUGCUCAGACGACCAUCUAUUGCGUCGUGGAGGAAUCAAUCGCCGAUCAGUCUGGAUUUUUCUAUAAAGAGUGCGCUAGGGUGACUCCCUUCAGGAAGGCAACGGACCCUGAAGUGGCAGCUAAACUUUGGAAGGAGAGCACCAGAUUCGUCGGUUUGGAAGACUCCGAUGACCUGAACAAGCUGCUGGAAACCGCGUCGGAGGAGCUCUCCUCAUCGAAGAUGUAGAAGAACCUUGCGGGAUAUUUUUAUUAUUUUAUUUUCUAUAUUUAUAAAUAUAUGUAUUUU